AUGGUUAACGUGCCCAAGAACCGCAAGACCUUCUGCGCCAGCAAGAAGUGCCGCAAGCACACGCUGCACAAGAUCACCCAGUACAAGGCUGGCAAGGCUUCCCUGUACGCCCAGGGUAAGCGUCGUUACGAUCGCAAGCAGUCCGGUUUCGGUGGUCAGACCAAGCCCGUCUUCCACAAGAAGGCCAAGACCACCAAGAAGGUCGUGCUGCGCAUGGAGUGCAUUGAGUGCAAGUACAAGUCGCAGAAGGCUCUCAAGCGCUGCAAGCACUUCGAGCUGGGUGGUGACAAGAAGCGCAAGGGUGCCAUGAUCAACUUCUAA